GUGCUCUUCAUGCAUCGCGUAAGAAUCGAACAGUACCCAAGUUUGAAACGACGUUGGUGGUCUCUCCUCGGUACUUUUGUUCGUGGGUUUUGGUCGGUGUUAGGGGUGAGCCCGUUAAAAGAGUUAAAUAAUAUUAGGCCCACUGGAAUUUAGCCUGGAGCUCGCAUUGACUACGAACCUCUGCACCGACAACGCUCAAAAUCAGCGAUGAAACCUCCGUGCCAAAGCACACGGGCGCAUUCAAGUGACGCUGUGGGUGUGUGUGUUGACACUGGUCUUCGCCUCGUUUCUGCAACGUUUCGUAGCCGUAGUCGCGAGUUCUUGUGUCGUUGCUAGCAGAUUCCGGGUAAGGAAGCUUCUGACUUCCAACACGUGGUUUUGUCCACUACAGAUAGGAUGUAGAAAGUUGUUCGCGUGCUCUGAGCGCUGCCAUGAAGUGCUCUCCACCCGCCGAGGUUACACGCGCAAUGCUGGCGUUGUGGCUGUCGCUUUGCUGCGUCGCUGUCACUGUGCGCUUCGCCGACGCUAUCCCAGCGGCAGUUGACGUGCACCCUUUCAAAGCCCACGCGCGACUCAAACGGGGCAGCGUCGCUGACAACGGGAACGCCUCGACCAGCAGCGUGGCUGCUCCUGACCACGGCUUCAACGAGAUUGACGCGGGUUUGUCUCGGCACGAAGCGGUACAAGGUCACGAUUCGAAGCGCCUGAGUCUCGACACGGGCCGCGGUGCGUCCAAGGGUCUCCUGGCGAGGCAUUCGACGCCCCUGGACCACGCUUGGACCAACUCGGAGAAGUGCUUCCGGGCGGCGACCUGCGAGCCGAUCAUCAACGCCACCUGCUUCGGAGUGUCACUGCCCUACGGCCACACCACCGUCGAGCUCGUCAACGACUCGACGUCGCAACUGGAGAUCCAGGAGCGCCUGGACCUGUGGCAGGGCCUCCAGCAGAUUCCCCGCUGCUGGGCUGUGGUGCAGCCGCUUUUGUGUGCCGUGUACCGGCCCAAGUGUGCCGACGGCCGGGUCACGCUGCCCAGCCAGGAGAUGUGCCGCCUGGUGAGGGGCUUCUGCAAGAUCGUUGCCCUCGGUUCGGAGUGGCCCUCCUUCCUCAGGUGCCAGCACGACAUCUUCGCCUCGGGCUGCAAGAAUGAGAUGCGCGAGAUCAAGUUCAACACAAGCGGGCGCUGUGCGGCUCCCCUGGUGGCGACCCCGAGGGAGACGAGCUGGUACGCGGAGGUGGAAGGCUGCGGCGUAGGCUGCCGCCACCCGCUGCUCACCGAGGACGAGCGGCUCGGCAUGCGCACCUUCGUCGUGGUGGUGUCCUCCAUCGCCACCCUCACCAGCCUCUUUGCCGUGCUGACCUUCAUGAUUGGCUGGAAGGAGUCAAGGCAGUACCCCAACGUCAUGGUGUUCUACAUCAACCUGUGCCUGCUGCUCAUGUGCGUUGGCUGGCUGGCACAGUUUGUGCCCGGGGCUCGCGAGGACAUCACCUGCCGGAGGGACGGGACUCUGCGGAGCGGCGAGCCCAGCUCUGGCGAGAACCUGUCGUGCGUGGUGAUCUUCUGCCUGGUGUACUACUUCCUGCUGGCGGCCCUGUGCUGGUUCGUGAUGCUCACGUACGCCUGGGACCACCGCUUCCAGACGAGGGCCAGUGUGCCCAGAGAGUCCCUGGACGCAAAGGCGGCCUACUUCCACCUCAUCGCCUGGUGCGUGCCCUUCGUGCUCACCAUCACUGUCAUGGCCCUGGGAAAGGUGGACGGGGACCCCGUUUCAGGCAUCUGCUUUGUCACGUCCGCCAACCCCAUUGUCCGGUCUGCGUUUGUGCUCUUGCCCGUCACCGUCGCCUUCUUUGUCGGUGGCUACUUUCUUGUCCGAGAGUUCUACAAGCUGAUAACCCUGAAAGUGAGCAACAGUGACGUGCUCAACGACAGAGUUCGCACCAAGAUCCAAAGCAUGAUACUCAGGAUCGGUCUGUUUGUUGUCACCAUGGUGCUUUUAGUGUCGUGCACCUUCGUCUGCCACAUCUACGAGUUCAAGAGCCAGCCAGUGUGGACGGAGAGCCUCCGAAACUAUGUGGCCUGCCGUGCCAAUGUGGGUGCGGCCCAGCGGUUCCUGCCGGAGGAACCCCAGAGCUGCGACCCCGGCUCUCGGCCCAGCCUCGCGAUGCUCCAGCUCCACCUGGUGGCCUUUCUGGGAGCCUGCGUUGCACUGUCUUCCUGGGUGCUCACCGCCGCCACCGCCGCCACCUGGAAACGCUUCUGGUGCAGGACGAUCCUGCGCCGGCCAUUGGACGAGCCGGUCAAGCUGCAGCGCCACAAGCUGAUCGCCGAGGCUUUUGCGAGACGCAACGAGCUCAACCGGGGCCAGGGCUCCGUCAGCUUCCACGGCGCUCACGACGACCCUGUUGGCAUGAACCUGGACGUCAACAGCGUGACGUCCCAGGACUUGUCGUCGACGUGGGCGGCGGCCCUGCCCAGCUUCCUGACCCGGAGGGGUGCUGUGGCAGGUGCGGGGGCACUGCCCGUGCGCCGAUACUCCUCCACUUCCGAUGUGAGCCGGCAGCUGUCGAUGAGCGUGCGCCGCCAGUCGCUGGACUCCCAGGCCAGCUACCACCAGCUGGCCGCGGAGAAGCAGUGGCUGCGGCACCAGCGCCGCAAGACGCGCCGCGAGCGUGAGCGCCCGGCAGGUCUCUGCCAGUCCCCUUUCCCGGUGCUGUCCCUGCGGCGCGGGAGCGACUCCUCCGCCCAGAGCCUGGCCGCCACGCUCCAGAGCAUGCGGCCCCGCGCCCCCUUCGCCCCCAGGGCCUCCCUCGUGGCCAGGGCCACGAGCACUGGCGACCUGAACCCCGGCUCCGUCAUCCCACACAACUACCUGUCGCUCGGACGGCCCCCCGUCAAGAGAGACCGGGUCCUCAUUGACCCCCCGUUCACGCACGGCAUGUCAGACGCAAGCGCGACCCGUGCGUCGACACGGCGCGCCGCGAGCACCGCAACCGACGUAGCGCCGUCUGCUAGCGCCGCUGCCCCAACAGCCAGUCCCAACGACACCUCCAAUGCCCAAGGGGCACCCGCAGGUGGGAUGCCGGGACUGGUAGGCCCCUUCGCCGCAGUACCCAACCCGUACGCGGCGUACAUGGGCUACUUGAGCGCCCUGCGCAUGCCUCCCGCGGACGUCCUGCCCUAUGGCUACCCGCCCGCCUUCUACGGGGGCUUUCCCUUCUACCCGGGCGUGUUCCCCUACGGACAGGGCUUUGCCUCGUACCCGGACCUGGACCCCAGGCACACCCCGCUGAUCCCGUUGCACCCGAUGCCCGACAGCAUGAGUGAGUCCGGCUUCGUGCCCAUCGUCACGUCGGACUCGGAGUUCACGGACGUGGGGCUCCGCAGCCCGGAGCUGCUCUCGGCACGGCUCGCGGUCGAGGAGAGGCAAAGGCUCAUCGCCGAGCUGGCCGCCAUGUCCCCAAGGCCGCGCACCAGCCGGGAGACACAGACGGAGCAGGGGGCCGAGGCCGCCCCCACCCCCGGGACCUCCGCGGCCGAGCCGGCGACCGUCGAAGAGAUCGAGAUGCGAGAGAUCAAGUCCGGGCAGUCACGUCGGUCGAACGUGUCGGCUGCGUCCAAGGCACGACUCUCGAAGUCUCCUCCGGUCCAGCAGACUUCGAGGGCUUCGAAGAACACCACCCCUUUGAAGAGGUUUGGCUCCGCGUCUCCUCCGAGCGGGUCUCCGGCGGUGCCGGCCCCUAGGGCGGUCUUGCGGACGACUCCGCAAUCCCAAAGCGUUUCUCCACGAUGCCAGGGCUCCUACCAGCCCCUCCCGUUGCACGUUUUCGGCAACGAGGUCGUCGACGACGUUUGUCCACCGAGCGACCUCGACGGUCACCAAUGCGGUUCGGCUGCUGCUGGUGUCGAAUGCAACGACCCGUGGCAGGCUCGACGGGCUGAACGCUGCUCCUGCCAGUGCUCGGCAUUUGACCGGGACUUUUGCGGCCAGUCUGUCGCGCCGCACGCAUACUCGCGUCCCAAUGAGUAUGUGCAGGGGACGCUCUCUCCCACCCAUUUCCAGCAGCGUGCGUGCCCGGCGUCGGGCAGCACGGAGCCAAACACGAUCGACUCAGUGUCGUGUCCUUCGAACUCGGACGGACCGCAGAGCUGCCACACAUACCUGUUCGCUCCGGUGCCUUCGCCCGUGGAUGCCGAAGGAGUUGACCGCCAGGGUUUUCCUACCAAUGGGUUUGUGCAACUCGCCGAACAGUAUCCUGGUGCUCAGCAGCUGGUGAUGCAGCAAGGUCACCCGGCGUUUGGCAGCUGUUGCGAAGGGUCCCCCCAUCAGCAACCCCUCAUUGGCCACAGCUCCCCUCAGGGCCUCACCGAUCACGGGUUUGUGUCUAGGUGACCGGGCUUCGAGUACCUUCGGAACAGUGACGCUCUUCACUUUGUGUUUUGUCCUUUCAAUUGUCUUUUUCCGCCUUGGAAUAAAAAGCUUAUCAUAUUGCGAAAGGAAAUUGCAAACUA